AUGGCGUUUCCUAUUACCUGGUCAUAUAGGGAGACAACCAAUAUGCCCAUAUUCACACUGUUCCUAGGAUUUCAAAAAGUAUAUGUCGUCAACUCGCCGGCACUCAUUUCCCAGAUAAAUCACCAUCAAAAGGUCAUCGACAGCAAUCCUCCCUUUCUGAUCAUUGUCAUGGGGAAACUCUUUGAUUUCCACAAAGACGAUCUGGCCGAGCUGAUGAGGAACCCCAAUGAGACCGGGUCGCUUCGACGGGAAACGAGGACAGUUGAGCACAGUCUGCUCGAGCGUGGGGCAGCGCCUCUCCAUGAGAUCUUUACGGCAAUGAUUCAGGAAGUGGCUCUUAGGCUAAACAGUCUGGCAAGCAAAGGCCCCGCCACAAUAAAACUUAAGUGUUGGCUUCGAGAGACGAUUACCACGUGUACCGCCCAAGCUACCUUUGGGCCCCAUAACCCCUUUGCACAAAAUCAGAGCCUUCUCAACGACUUUUGGCAUUUUGAGAGUGGGAUCAAAGGGCUCACAAUGGGCAUAUUCCCAACAUUGACAGCGUCAGGGCCAGCAAGAGCCCGGCAUCGGCUGGUGCAAGCCUUUCAUCGCUUUGUCCAAGGCAGCUUUAUUAAGAGAGAAGAGACCUGCGAGCUCGUCCGACAGAUCGGUGAGGUAGCACAUCGGCACAACCGGGGCACUGACUACCUCGCUCGAUACUACUUUGGUGUUUUCAGUGCCUUCCUCCUGAACACUGUCCCAGUCACUUUCUGGACUAUCUCACACAUCAUCAAGAAUCCAGAUUUACUAGCUCGUAUUCGUACAGAGCUGGAGGAUGUCGUUCAGGAGUUUGUAGAUGCUGAUGGCAUCAGAACGAGGGUCCUGCAUAUUUCCACGAUUAGGGAGCGAUGUCCGCUUCUUCUAUCGACUUUCCAUGAAAUCUUACGCUAUGUGGGUGCUUCAACUAGUACACUGGUCGUACAUGAAGACGUAUGGCUGGAUGACACAUAUUUGCUCACCAAAGGCUCCCUUGUGCAAAUUCCCGCGACAGCAAUCCACUCCGAUCCCAAUAUAUGGGGACCCGAUGCGGCGAAUUUCGAUCCUGAAAGGUUGCAUGCCGCGCCAAAUAAAGUACAUCCAUCUGCCAACCGGACUUUUGGAGGUGGCAAUACCCUCUGCCCCGGCAGACACCUGGCUUCGGACGAAGUUCUUGAAAUCACUGCGAUGUUUUUGUCUACGUUUGAUAUGGGCUUUGAGGCGAAGCCAAGUUGGCCGCGACGGGACGAAACGAAUAUGUUGUCGGUCAUUAAGCCAAGGGAUGACUUAUCGCUCAAUUUGACGCGUUACCCUCAUAUGGAAAAGGUCCUUUGGGGGUUUGAGACAUCCUGA